AUGCAGCUGCAGACUCUUCCUUGGACGAGUAGUCUAUUAUCGGCUGUGCUCUUCACCACGACUUUGUCUGAUCUAGUCGGCGCUACUGGUACUUCAAUUGUAACAACAAUCCCUGCAGCAGCAACAGUUGGUCCCGUCAUCGCUGAAUAUGUAUCUGGUAAUUCUGCUGUGGAUGCUCCCAAGCUCUCUGCCUACAAUAGCACCGUCUUCGAUUGGUGGUAUUUUGAUGCCAUAUCUUCCGACCUAACGCAAGGUCUCUUCUUAACGUUUAACCUCGCACUUGCUACAGGUGUAUCAGGCGGAAACAAUGAAUCUAUACCCUUUGCCUCCAUUUAUGGCAUUUGGCCUAACCAGACCCUCUACUUAUACUCGGUACCUGGUACUAGUGCCGUCGUCGAAUCGUCCCCUAACCAAGCCACUCGUGGAACGUGGGAAGGCACAGGAUUUAGCUGGGUAGCUUCGCCAGACAUGGAAACCUAUACCGUUACGAUCAACUCAACAUACAUCAGCGGUACACUCUCCUUCGAAUCCAAGGCUCCUGCUCAUUAUCCCUGUGGUGCGGUCGAACCAGGUAGCGACUUGGUUGUUGCCCCAUCUGUUGGCUGGACCAAUGCGGUUCCGGAUGCGGAUGCUUCAGUAUCACUGUCUGUUGGUGGCACAGCUGUUGAGUGGUCCGGUAUUGGUUAUCAUGACAAGAACUGGGGUACGGAGUUUUUUGGGAGCACAUUCAACAGUUGGUAUUGGGGCCAUGUGCGCAUCGGGCCUUACAGUGUCGUUUGGUUCAGUGUACUCGCUCCUGGCGACCGUCAAUACCUCAGCGGCUAUGUUGCAAAAGACAGGGAGGUUAUAAAUGCCAGUUGCGGCCCUGGCUCUGUAAUCGUGCGCCCAGUUGGUACUCCCUAUCCACGCGGGUCGGACCCAAACUGGCCACUCGGCUACCAUAUCAGCAUCGGUAUUGGUGAGGGAAAAACUCUGAAUGUCACGGUGGAGCAAACUGGAGUGAUAAUUAGUUCAGAAGGUUCCAGGCGACUGAUUGGACGCGCGACAGGGUCGGUCAAUGGGGGCUUGCAACUCGAAGGUUAUGGACAAUGGGAAGAGCUGUGGCAAGCCUAUGAAUAA